UUCGACCCGUCUUCUUCUCUUCGUCGUCCUUUCACACGUUAGGAUCUGAGAUUCUGAGCUCGCUUUUCAUAACCUUCGCCAUCGCCAUCGCCGCAGCCGUUGGCUGCUCUCGACCUCGCUUAAAUUCUUCGGCGGUUAAGGUUUUAUCAGGGGAAGUAUCUGUCUGCUUUGGUUUACUUCUGGUUGUUGCUCUAUUUGCGGGCUUUGUUGCUGGUUCUUUCUAGUAAGGGAUCGUGGAAUAGUUACUGCUUGGAACACGAGACCUAUUGGGAGACAUAGUUUUGAUUUGGAGAUUGAGGGCAUAGACGUUCAAAUGGAACAAAAAUCUUCUUCAAGUUUUAUUCCCAAGAAACAUUCCUUUAUGAUAAUACUGCUUCUGGGCUCAUCAUUUGGUACAAAACUAAAGCUUAGAAGCGGUAUUUAGCUACUCAAUUAAUCAUUAAUGGGUUGUUGCCUAGUCUUUUGUCGAACCAAAGGUACAUCAGAGGAACAAACUCUCCAACUUGGCGAAGCUGCAGGAAAUGUUAAGUUGUAUUCUCUCAAGGAAUUAAGAGUGGCCACUGAAGACUUCUUCCCAGGAAAUAAAAUUGGUGAGGGCGGCUUUGGAUCAGUCUACAAGGGAAUACUUAAGAAUGGGACCAAGGUAGCUUUAAAGGUUCUUUCCAGUGAGUCAACACAAGGAGCAAGGGAAUUCUUAUCAGAGAUUACGGCAAUUUCAGAUAUAGUUCAUGAGAACCUUGUUAAGCUCUAUGGUGUAUGCAUGGAAGGAAACUCAAGAAUACUUGUCUACAAUUAUCUUGAGAACAAUAGUCUAGCCCAAACUCUUCUCGGUUCAAACCACAGCAACAUUCAGCUUAGCUGGAGAACAAGAUGUAAAAUCUGCAUCGGUGUCGCACGUGGUCUUGCAUUCCUUCAUGAGGAAGUUGAGCCCCAUAUUGUUCAUCGUGAUAUAAAAGCAAGCAAUAUUCUUCUUGACAAGGAUUUCACUCCAAAAAUAUCAGAUUUUGGUUUGGCAAAACUGUUACCACCAAAUGCAACACAUGUCAGUACCAGAGUUGCAGGAACAGCAGGAUACUUGGCACCUGAGUAUGCCAUCCGUGGGCAGGUUACACGAAAGUCAGAUAUUUACAGCUUUGGAGUUCUUCUUUUGGAAAUAGUUAGCGGCAGAAGUCAUACAAACACAAGACUGCCUGAUGAAGAACAAUUUCUUCUUGAUAGGACAUGGGCACUUUAUGAGAAAGGAGAGCUUGAAAGGAUAAUAGAUGCAACACUGUCCAAUGACCUGGACACCGAGCAAGCAUGCAGAUUUUUGAAAAUUGGCCUUAUGUGCACCCAAGAUGAGGCAGGGCUUCGACCCUCCAUGUCCACUGUUUUUAAUAUGCUGACCGGCGUCAAAGACGUCGAGUCGAUCAAGAUCACCACACCUGGUCUUAUUUCAGACUUCACUCAAAUGAAGAUUGGAAGGAAGAAGGCUAUCGAACUCACUGCAUCAUCUUCAUCCACUACAUCUAAUGCCUCAAUGACUUUCACCGCGAUCGGGGAUCGAGAAUGACAUACAUCAACCAAAAUUUUGGUACAUGUUUGUGAAGUUGAUGCCAAGAGAAUUUAUUAUGUGCGGACACCGAAUGCCGUCCGGAGAUCAACCAAAUGCUUCCCGUCAUCUCUGCGCUUGGUACAACUGAUGUGGCACAUUCUGGUUGGUCUCUGGACAGCGUUUUAUGUCCGGUCUUCGCACAAUAAUUUCUCGUGUAGCAAUCCCUUUAUUCUUUCCAACAUUUAUUUGGACUUUUUUCAUUGCAUGUUGAGGCAAUAUGUUCAUGUAGAUGCUAACAAAUGAAAUCCAAAUAGCAUCAAUGACUCCAAAGAAUGUAAAUGAUCAAUUUUUAUUUAUUGAUUUGUAAAUGCUAUUGCUCUA